AUGAAGUUUCUCUCUUCUGUUAUAGUUCUCCUGGUAUCAGCCAGCAGCGCUUAUGGCGUUCCUCAAGCGCGGUCUGUGAAUGAAGCUGCCGUAGCCGAAGCUCGCGGUUUCGACGCCUCCGGAGCAGGUCUACCUGUAGAUGCCCGGUCGAUUGAGAAUACUCCCUAUAAGCGGAACCUCGGCCUCGUGAAGCGUCCGAAUGGACCUGCUCCACCGUCCACAGGCGAUCCUCGUGGUCCGCCUAAGCGGGAUCUUGGACUUGUGAAGCGUCCCAACGGGCCUGCCCCACCGUCCAAGGGCGAUCCCCACGGUCCGCCGAAAUGA